GAGAGAGAGAUCCCUGACAUCUACACAUCAGUAAACAGGAGAUUCAAGAUACACACGCAGAGCGAGAGAGAGAGAGAGAGAGAGAGCGAAAGAGAGAGAGAGACGGUCACAUUUUUCAGGCACCGGAAAACGUGCUGGUUAUUUUAGGACCCGUGAUGCUUAUUGAUGAGUGGGGGGAGCUUUAAACUACUUCCACUCAGGUCGUGUUUUGGUGGUGACUGUACACGCACUCGCAUUGACACUGAGACGCCUGUAAUCUAGAGAAAGCCUCAGUCCACAGUGAUCUCUUUAGGUGCGAGCACACGGAGCUGGUCCAUACUGGGAACCAUCUAAAUCCUCGACUAUUUCUUUGUUUUUUAACAAAACAAUAUUAUAUUUUAUUCUUGCGCUUUUUAUUUGUGCACUCACCCUCAGAUGCUCUGUGCACACUCGUGCUUCUCUGAGCUUUGGGACACUCUCUCUAUGCCGAGGCAGUUCAUGACUCUUUCACCUGUUUCAACCAAACUCCUCGGUGUCGAACAGCAGCAGCAGCAGAUCCAGUCAGCCCAGCUUUAAAACGCCCUCAGUCGAACUGCAAGAAGAACCAAGUGAUCGACUCAGUAUCGAUUCAUCGACAAGGGAAAACAUGGAAAACAGCCCAGGUGGUGGUGUUAUUUUGUACGCCGGCUCCUCUGGCAGUGCCAGCCCGAGUCCUGGCAGCCCUUCAAGUGGAUACCAGACCCAGUCGCCCUCCUCCCACUCGCAGCCUUCGUCCCCAGAGGGUGUCUCCUUUCAGGAGAUUGGGGCCCUGAGGCAGCGAGGGGAACGAAGGGGCGGAACACCUUCCCCGAAAAUGGUCUUCCAGUUUCCCGAAGUAAACAAUGCCCCAGUCGCCCAAGUCACAACGGUGUCAUCGGCGACCUACAACCAUCCCACCGUUGCCAAAAGACCUUGUGGUUUCACUGGCACGUUCAGCAAGACCGGCGGCAUGGUGCUUCUGUGUAAGGUGUGUGGAGACAUCGCAUCAGGGUUCCACUAUGGCGUUCACGCCUGUGAAGGCUGCAAGGGUUUCUUCCGACGCAGCAUUCAGCAGAACAUCCACUACAAGAUGUGUGUGAAGAAUGAAAACUGUCUCAUCAUGCGGAUGAACCGAAACCGGUGCCAACACUGUCGUUUUAAGAAGUGUCUCUCCGUGGGCAUGUCCAGAGAUGCCGUGCGUUUUGGCCGCAUUCCCAAACGGGAGAAGCAGAGGCUACUGGACGAGAUGCAGAGCUACAUGAACAGCCUCAACGAAUCCGCUUCCAUGGAAAUGGAGGUGUCCUCUCCCCCCGACGCCCUCGCCGGUGCCCAGAACCAGACGAACGAGGGCCCCGCGCUGCAGUCUUACCAGAGCGGCUUGGUGAACGGCGACGGGAAGCCGCUCAAGAUGGCGUCCCACAACAACAACAACAACAACGGCGGCGGCACUCCCUCCUCCUCUUUCCGGAACAGUGCGGCGCAGGACGCGGCGAUGACGCACACGUCGACCCAGACGCAGCACGCGCCGCACAGGGAGCAGGUGAACGUGACGUCGAGCUACGGCAGCGCCCCCACAAACUGCCCCGCUGCCCCCACUCACAGUGAACACUCCGCUAAUCGUCAUGUGGAUAACGCCCAGUACACCUACUCCUCCAAUCAGAACCAGUGUCCCGUCAGCGGCAACAUGUCAGCGCAGGCCUACUCGUCCAAUCACAACGGCUUCCCAGCCAGUGAGUCCCAGAACCAAAACUCCUGCCCCUGGAAGCUGAAUGGUGGCGCCAAAGUGCUGGCAUGUCCACUCAACUCCUGUCCUGUGGCUCCAGCCAGCCGCUCCAGUCAGGAGGUGUGGGAGUCUUUCUCCCAGUGCUUCACUCCUGCUGUUAAAGAAGUGGUGGAGUUUGCAAAGAGCAUCCCAGGCUUCCAGACCCUCAGCCAGCAUGAUCAGGUCAUGCUGCUCAAAUCCGGCACUUUUCAGGUUCUGAUGGUGAGGUUUUGCUCAUUGUUUGACGCCAAGGAGAGGACGGUGACCUUCCUGAACGGGCAGACGUACUCGCUGGCGUCGCUGAGGGCUCUCGGCAUGGGCUCUUUACUGGACGCCAUGUUUGAUUUCAGCGAGAAGCUGGGAUCUUUGGGUCUGGAGCCGGAUGAGAUGGCUCUCUUCAUGGCCGUCGUGCUCGUGUCAGCCGAUCGCUCCGGUGUUGUGGACGUGGGAGCGGUGGAGCUGCUGCAGGAGAAUCUGAUCAAAGCUCUGCGGUCUCUCAUCACCAGUCGCCGCCCCGACGACAGCACCCUCUUCCCAAAGUUGCUGCUCCGUCUGCCAGACCUGCGCACCCUGAACAACCAGCACUCUGACAAGCUUCUAGCUUUCCGCAUCGAUCCCUGAGGUCAGACGGCGGACUGAGGUGUCUGCUUUGGGGAAACCAGGCCGAUCACAUACAGAACUCUGGCCUCUGCGUGAUGGACAAGAUGUGGGAGCCGUUCCGUGCCCACCU